AUGGGACAACAGGGUUCAAGAUUUAAAAAAAAGAAGAGAAAUUCGAUUUCUGCAGCAGAUAAUCGUGCAAGUGUGAGUAGUUUCAAAGAAGAAUAUAACUUCGAAAACCCUUACAUGAUGACAAUAAACGAAACACAGAUAGAUAGAAUGCAAACACAACACCAUAUCUUAAGAACCAUUUGGGGCAAUAACUUUUCUGCUCCCAUAAAAGAUAAAUUAAGUGCUGACCAUAAUUAUAAAGUUCUUGAUUUCGGAUGUGGUCCUGGAACAUUCAUUUUCGAUCUAUCUUCAACUUAUCCAUUACCAACAUUCAUUGGAGUUGAUUUUGUUCCAAUAUUCCCAACACAAGUUCCUCGAAAUACAUCAUUUCUUGUAGCAAAUAUAAUGGAUGGAUUACCAUUCGAAGACUGUACUUUCGAUUAUAUACACGCAAGAUUUUUAGUAAUGUAUUUUACACAAGAAGAAUGGGAAAAUGUGGUAAUAAAAGAAUUGUCGAGAGUCCUAAAACCAGGUGGUUAUCUAGAAUGUUAUGACAGUGAAAUUCCUUGGUAUAAUAUGUCGCCAUCUUUAGAAAAAUUAAGUGAUGCAGUACAAAAGGAACUUUAUGCAAGAAAUAUUGAUCCUUUGAUGUCAAGAAAAAUUGAUGAAUUUAUAAAAGCCACUGGUGAAUUUGAAGACAUACAAAAGGAGCAAAAAGAUAUUCCUUAUGGUUCUUGGGGAGGUGAACUCUCCGCCCAAACAUUUUUUCAAUUUUUUGAAGGUGUUCGUAAACCGAUAAAGGAUAUCAUGAAUAUAAAUGACCAAGGAUUCGAUAAAUUAAUGAAAAAAUUCGAAAGUGAAAUUAAUUACUAUCACACAUAUUCCAAAAAUCAUAGGAUUGUCGCUCGAAAAAUCGAACGUUAA